CUUCCUCACUUUCAAAAUUCGUGUCUUCCUUGAUAGUAAAGAAUCAAGAAAUAAUAAAGAGUAGAAAAAACAUCCAUGGCUGCUCUUGUGUCUUCCUUCUGAUUGUAAAGAGUAAACAAAAAAAAAGGAAGAAAAAGAUAUUCAUGGCUACUCCAAGAUCAAGAAGAUGCUUUCUUUCACUGUUAACCCUUUUUUCAGUCUCUCUUAUUCUGUUUUCUCUUUCACUUUUUGCCUACAUAAAGCCCUCUAACAAGCCUUUCAUAGAUUACAAAAACCAAAUUUCUGUUUCUUUCUCUUUUCAUGCUCCUCCUCUGUCUCUUCUCGAACAAAAUAACUCAGCAAACAAUACUCUUGAUUUAGUCGCUACUCCUCCUAUGUCUCUUCUCAGACAAAACAACACAACAAACGCUACUUUUGCUUCAAUUUCUUCUCCUUCUCCUCUCAGACAAAUCAACACAACGAACUCCACACUUGCUUCAGUCUCUUUUUCUUCUGUCUCUGAUCAAGAUAACCAAAAGAAGUCUUCAAGCCCUACAAGUAAAACAACUUUUAUCAGGAAAAGAAGUGGGUUGAAUAAAGUAGAAGCAGAUUUGGCGAAAGCAAGAGCAGCUAUUAAGAGGGCAGCUUCUACACAAAACUAUAGCAGCUCUCUCUACAAGAACCCAGCCGCCUUUCACCAGAGUCACACGGAAAUGAUGAAUCGUUUUAAGGUGUGGACAUACACCGAGGGAGAGGCCCCACUGUUUCAUGACGGACCUGUUAAUGACAUUUACGGUAUAGAAGGACAAUUCAUGGACGAAAUGUGCGUGGAGGGCCCCAAGAGGAGCCAUUUUCGGGCAGAUCACCCUGAUGAUGCUCACGUUUAUUUCGUUCCAUUUAGCGUCGCCAAGGUCAUCCACUUUGUCUACAAGCCCAUAACCUCUGUCGAAGGGUUUUCACGUGCUCGCCUACACCGCCUUAUAGAGGAUUAUGUUGAUGUUGUUGCUACUAAGUAUCCCUUUUGGAACAGAAGCCGUGGAGGUGACCAUUUCAUGGUAUCAUGCCAUGACUGGGCACCGGACGUGAUCGAUGGGAACCCAAAGUUGUUCGAAAGAUUCAUAAGGGGACUUUGCAAUGCUAACACCUCGGAAGGAUUCAGACCGAACCUAGAUGUAUCUAUUCCGGAGAUCUAUCUUCCUAAAGGUAAACUGGGUCCAUCUUUCCUCGGAAAAUCACCGAGAGUUCGAUCUAUUCUAGCGUUUUUCGCGGGAAGAACACACGGCAAUAUCCGAAAAAUCUUAUUUAAACAUUGGAAAGAAAAGGACAGUCAAGUACAAGUCUAUGAACGUCUUCCUCCGGGUAAAGAUUAUACAAAACUAAUGGGGAUGAGCAAGUUUUGUCUAUGCCCAAGUGGUUGGGAGGUCGCUAGCCCAAGAGAGGUCGAGGCUAUAUACGCUGGUUGUGUACCUGUGAUCAUAUCUGAUAACUAUUCAUUACCAUUCAGUGAUGUCCUUAACUGGGACUCCUUCUCCAUACAAAUCCCUGUUUCUAGGAUAAGUGAGAUCAAAACGAUUCUAGAGAGUGUCUCUCUUGUUAGAUACUUGAAGAUGUAUAAGAGAGUCUUAGAAGUCAAGCGCCAUUUCGUCUUGAAUCGUCCUGCUCAGCCUUACGACGUGAUGCAUAUGAUGCUUCACUCUAUCUGGUUAAGAAGACUGAACCUUAGGCUUUCUACAUAAAUUUUUUUUUUUUUUUUUUACAAAUAUAGAUUGAAUGUCUAUUGUAUAAUUGUAAUUCUAUGAGUUACUAGCUUUGUAUUCUUUCUAUUAAUAGACACAAUUAUCUCUUCUCUUGUGUAUACAAAGCAAAC